GGGGGGGGGGGGCUUGUUAAUGGUGCAGCAGGCAUGUGUCCUGUGCUGACAUCCACAACAAAACGUGGGAGAGAUAAGGGAGUGUGGUUGAAGGGGGGCUAGAUAACGUUGCACUGCAGGACUCAAAGGACACAUUGUCCCUCACUCCCGGACAUCCAUCCAUCCAUCCAUCCAUCCAUCGUAGCGCUCGUUUCCAAACGGCUUUUAUCUUAACCACACAGCUCCAGGUGCUCUGUUCCCACAAUGCACCGGGGCUCUGUGGUACAGCCAACGCCCGCGCUGACCACCCCGUUGCCCUCUAAUGAGAUCAGCGAAUCAGCACAUUGCACACGGGACGCAUUGACGACCCGGCGUGGAACCAACUAGGUGUUGCUGUGAAUGUUAUCCGGCCGAUGCAGAACCUUUGUGAAGCACAAUGGUUGCGUGCAGUUUGCAACGGCAACCCCUUACCGGGUUGUAUCGCAUUUAAAGACUAUUUUAUCGUAGCGGGCGCGAGCUUGUUCCCUUGGCGUACCCUGUGUAGACGCUCACCCGGGGCAUGGACCGGUUAGGGUCGGUGGCAUGUGUGACUGAAGAGGCACGUGUUCAGUGGAUAUCUACUAACCAGGGGGUGGCACCAUGUGAGACAACGGUUGACCUGCUUGACACUCUCUCACUUAUCACUGUCAAUCAGUCCCAAGAAAACGUAUGCAAAGUUAGCCUCUGGCAAUGACGCGUGAAGCAAAAGGUGUAUGUGUAGAGGUCGCAAACUUAAAUCGCUGACCUGUUUCACUCGAUGACGCAUCAGAAACGACUGUGCGGCGGUCUGGACGGUAGUAGACCAGCACCAUCUGGUGGCCGAAGACCAUAAUAUACUCUAUUGAGUUCUGUGUCUAAACAAGCAAGUGAGAAUAUGCGACUAGGCCUAUACUUAUAUUUGAUGUUUUUGUUUUUUUUAUUGUAUACUGUAACCAAAGAUAUUUUUUAUAAAAAGUGAAUUUUAUUAGGCGUUGCCUGGAGCAAAUUUAUUAGAUGCUACGUCCUGUUUGUGACAGUGGAGUAUAGUUGUAGUAUUUUUAUUUAAAGGGGUUUUUAACCCAAAUUCGAACUUAAAAUGUAAUCUUUUCUAAACACUGGGUAAUAGAAUUUAUGACGUUUGAAAUGGAUCUCUUUGUGGGGAAUAUUAUAAGGACCUUUUAAAGCCAUGUCUGUUGUUAGCCUGUAUGUUCAACAAGGCUUCUCUGAUCACAGGUGGACUCAAGGCCCUGGCUUACACACACACACACACACACACACACACACACACACACACACACACACACACACACACACACACACACACACACACACACACACACACACACACACACACACACACACACACACACACGGACCUUGUCUUAGACCAGUCCUAGUAUAGACCUAAAGUAUCUCUUGGGCACUUUAAUCUUUAUAAUUCAGGGAAUAUGGAUCUUAGAUUUUUCUGUCUACUCUUUUUCUUUUCUAUUUUUUAUCCGAUGGCUUCCCAGCGUUAUAUCGCGCUACAGCCCGGACGUCUGCAAUCGUCUUUUGAUGGAUGCUAUACCCGGUUGUAUCUAGUUGGUGGUGUAAUCAAGUUAAUUUCAGCAUGUCAGCUAUACUCAUACCACGUCAAGUGUAAACUUUGUGUGGAUUUUCAUUUUCUCAUUAUUUUUCCAUUUUGUUCUUCCAUUACUUCUAGUGUGAGUAGUUUUAUUUUGUUUUUUAAAUGUCACUAGAUAAGCUUCGUCACAUACUAGUGGUCGUUUUCCGUAGACUGUGAAACCGUCGCUCCUUUACUCUUCACUCGACGCCCGCAGGUGUUGCGAUGGGGGAUGACGUCACGGCCUCCGGCUCCUCCCCCUUGUAUGCACAAGAGUAGACGCUAAUUGCCUGCUCGUAAAUUGGUAACCGUGGCAGCGCACGCGCUCAAAGUAUACAUGGGUGUAUUUCCUUCUUCAGCGACAACGGGGGAACAAGAAAAUGUACAUACGUUCUUAAUCAACAUUUCUUAACUAAACUACAUGAGACUUGAAUUUGUUGUAGCACACCAACACUUGGAUCGAUGCAGUCCUGAUUCUGCCUCCACUUGGAACCUUUGGCUUGCCUGUGCGUUGACACAAUUAAAACAUAUUGGGCCAGUAGGGUUUGAGAAAUAGUUGGUUUAAGCUUUGUUUUUCAGAGCAUUCUUGUUAAAAUGUUUUAAAACAUGAAUUUAUGUUUUCCAUAUUUUAGAUAUAAAAAGGGACCGCUAACGUGUUUUGGUCCUGAGCCUGGUUUGCCUUAGAUAUGUACAAUCUUAUGUCUCUACUUUGCAUGCAGUUAUGUCAAAUGCCAAAGAUCUUGUACUUCUUUUGAUAGUAUUUUUAAAAUGUUAACAAUUGGAUAUAUUCGGCCAUAAAAAGUGUCUGAGGUGUUGUAACACCUGCAUCACUCUAGCGAAGGAUUCACAAUCAUAACAGUUGGAAAUGCAUUAUAUUCGAUAUAUCAGGAGUUGAGACGCCACCAUUGUAAUGCGUGCGGAUGGAUAUACUACGUUUUUGAGUGAAAUGGCUCGGGUGUGCUAAAGCCCUCCUGCGUCGCUUAAAAGUCCUUGUCCGCUCACCACCCUAGUGCCUUUCUGUCAAUCUACCCAAGUGGACCGAUUAGCGACCGAAUCUCGGAAGCUGAAGGGGGGUAACACCCACAUACAAAUGAGACUCGAUGCUUUGACUUUCCUCCAUUGGAAUUCUCUUGAUAGGAAUAUGGUAACUGAUUUACUUUAUUUUUUAUGGUAAUUAUCUUUCUGUUUGAGUCAUUACCAAAUGUGACUUUUAUUUUAAAAGGUCGUCUCCAUCAAAUAAAGUUGAAAUUUAAAUAAACCAAAGUCUGUCUAGUUUAUUUUCUCGUUUUUUGUUAUCAACACAUUGCCAAUGAGUGACAUGACAUCGUUAUUGGUUAAUGAUACGUUUGACAGGAAAAUAAAAUCCUAUUCUUGAAAGCAUCAAAUAAAGUUUAACUUAUUUACAUGAUUGUCCCAUUUAAUCAUUCCUCCUUUUUAAUAAAAUGCUAAUCCACAGCUUUGAAAUAAUUUGCCUCAAUAGCAACCCAUUUUAAAACAUGGCUGUAUACCAUGUUUGUAUAGAUUUAAACCUACACAAUUACCCUUUACCUUACACUGACUCAUAGAGGGGUUAAGCAGGGAAAAUAAUAAUAAAUAAACGCGAAAUAACCGCUAGGGGGUGCUGCAGCCCCGUCGUCCCCGCGGCAAUGCUUGGAUGAGUUUAACUUUUAUAUUAUUUCUGAUGGGAUAUUGCUGUAGUUACUUAGGCUACAGUUGUAUUCAUUCCUGGAUCCCUGUUCCUACCAACUGAGGUUCCCCUCUUUAAGUGCCACUCAACCGUAACGCCCCCUUCUCCCCCCUCCGCCUCCCCCUCUCGUCCUCAUUUUGACCCCCAUUACAUAUCAACAAACCGUGAUCACAGCCGCUACAAGCCGCGCACACCUUCUGGAGACCCCGAUCUGUGCAGACUGCAGACAACUCACAGACAUACCCACACACCAAAAUCACGCCUGACUUGCAGGACACUCUUGCUCACUUCAUGCACGUCGAGACGCGUCCAACGAAGACAAAAAAGACAACAGAGGACUCGGAGUAUCGGCCGAACCGCUCUUUCAUAACUUCCUCUGUUGGGGCUUUCAUCAAGAGAGCCAUUCCGUGAUGUUGGGCAAGGCUGCGUGCCUGGUGGCUCUCUGCGCCUUGGGGGUAGCGGUCUAUCUCCUGCCGUCCCCGAUCGACCCCAAACCCCACGUAUUGAAGGGCCCCCCUCCGGCCCUUGAGGGGCCCCUGGCUGUUAACACCCGCCUUCAGAAGGGCCGCAGAGUUUUUACCGGGAAACUACAUGGACCAGAAUCCUUCACUGCCGAUCAGGAUGGUAACGUGUACACUGGUACAGUCGAUGGGAAGCUGUGGAGGAUCGGGCCAGACGACACACUGACCCUGAUCACCCAGAUGGGCCGGGACAUCCCAGAAUGUGGCAGUAGUCCAGACUAUGAGCCGGUGUGCGGUCGUCCCCACGGCGUCCGACUGGACCGGCGCGGUCAGCUGAUCGUGGCGGACUCGUACCUGGGACUGCACAGCGUGGACCCCCAGACCGGACAGAAGACCCUCCUCCUGGCCAACUCUGAAGGAGCUGACGGCCGGCCCUUCGCCUUCCUCAACGGUCUGGAGAUCUCACCCCAGACCGGCCUCGUCUACUUCACCGACUCCUCCAGUCGCUGGGGGCGUCGCCACGUCAAACUUGAGGUGAUCGAGUUGAACGCCCUGGGUCGCCUGCUGACCUACGACCCUGAGAGUGGGCGGGUGGCGGUGCUGCUGGACUCUCUGUACAUGCCCAACGGGCUGGCCCUGUCCCCGGACGAGGACUUCCUGCUGCUGGCCGAGACCAGCAUCGGACGCAUACUCAGGUUCUGGCUGAAGGGGCCCAAGGCAGGUACCAAGGAGGUGGUCCUCGACAACAUGAUCGGUUACCCCGACAACAUACGUCUCAGUGCGAGCGGCGACGCCUUCCUGGUCGGCAUCACCACGCCCCGCUUCCGGAAGCUCCUCCCCCCGUUCCUGGACGUGAUCGCGCCGUACCCGGCGUUGAAGCGCUUCCUCGCUAAGAUGGUGCCUCUGGGCUGGUACAACGUCCUGCUGCCCCGCCACGCCAUGGUCCUGGAGCUGGCCCUGGACGGCCGUCUGCAGGGCUCGCACCACGACCCCGACGGCACGGUGACGCGGGCCGUCAGCGACGUCUUCCAGAACCCCCGCGGAGGACGGACCUACCUGGGCAGCACCGACCAGCCCUACCUGGUGGUGUUGGACGGCUGGCAGAGCUGAGAGAGAGAGAGACCCCCACCGCGGAGGACGGGGAGGGAGGACCUACCAACGUAAAGGAACCAUAUCCUGGGAUGAGUUAGAGCGGGCGUAGGACGAUUGGGCUGGGAUGGACCCAUCCGGUUAUUAAUGGUGACUUGUGUUUAAACAGUCUUUUGUUGAGAAAAGUUUCACGUUAUCCUGAGACAUUUGAGCCUCAAAUUGCAUGGUACCUCAGCAGCAGUGAAUAUACAAUAGAAGGAUUGUGUUUUAAAAAGGAAUUAUCUAUUUUGAACUGUCCAUUCACUUGAACAAAGAGACCUGUGAAGAAUGACAUUAGUAAGAGAGCAAUGUACUAUAUAAUAUAGUAUAAUACAAUAUACUAUGUAACACAGGUCUGAAUUACAUUUGUUUUUUUAAUCGUUGACACUGGACUGCUUUCUCCAAGCUCAUAACGCAGAAGCUUUGUAAAUAUCAUUUGAAUGUUUACCACUAACAAGUCAGUUUAAAACCUGCAUGGUGUGCCGGAAUUGUAAUCCAGUUUUGUUUUUUUUGCAACAUCAGAAACCUUUAAACCCUCCAUUCUGAUUAACAGCAAAAUUAUUUCUAAUUUACAUUUGACCCCUUUUCAUGUAAACUAUUUAUUAACAGGAAAUAGAUAUUUUCUACUAAAGUAUUUGCUGGUUUGUUCAGGCAUGAUUUACUACAAUAGAAUGACAUCAUGUAUGUGCCUAUGGCUGUAUUUCACAAAACGUCAUGCUACUAAAAAUAUAUUUAAUAUGUGCUUGUGGCAUCACAAUUUGGCAUCUUUGUAACGGAAAUAAUGUUAAUUUGAAUAAACAAAGUUAUGACCAAGGAAUGAUUUCAGCCGGCACCAGAAUCACAAUAAAAAAGUUUAAUCAUCACCAAUAUACAAAGUAUUUUAAGAUCUGUACACAGAUCUUGAAAAUAAUUCCCCACAAUACUCCUGAAACCCAACCACCAUGUUUGUUUUUGACGGUAAAAUAGGCCUUCCCUGGUCGUAAAAGAAUAGCGCUGUGUAGCUGUUAUACAAAAAGUUGACGUAAAAAAAUUUCCACACGUUUUAAAAACCAUUGAUAAAGUGUGAUGGAUAUGACAAAUAAAAUCUCUUAUCACGCAUCAACA